AUGGGCGUGGUCUUCUACAUGCGGGCGCUCGCAGACUUCAAAGUAGACGUGGCCGACACAGAAUGCGGUGCACAGACGUUUCGCAGCGCACGCAUAGUGGGUGGGACGAACAGUCUCCCUGCUGAGUUCCCCUGGGCAGCCAGCAUCUGGCGGCAAGGGACGCACCAGUGCGGUGCCACUGUUAUCAGUGACAGGUGGCUGUUGACAGCUGGACAUUGUGUUUGCAGUGUAUUCGAUGAAUUCUACAAGGCGAAGCAAUUGUCCGCUGUCGUGGGAUUCACUGACAUAUCGACGUCAGAUCGGAACGAAGCGUUGUCCAAAAUUCUUCCACACCCCGAAUACAGAUGUAAGAAAAAGACCAAUGAUGUUGCGUUACUGAAAACCAUUCGUCAACUGGUCUGGAGCAAUCUGCUGCGACCGGCUUGCCUGCCUCAGCCAUUAGCUCCAGAUUACAGUGGAAAAUUAGCUACUGUGGCUGGAUGGGGAUUUACCAAUGAAGAUAGAGGGAUCGGUGAAAGACCCAACAUCCUCCAAAAAACUGAUGUGAUAGUGGUGGAUAAUGAUGACUGCAACAGUUGGUAUAAAUCUCAAGGCAGUAAGAUCACAAUUAUAGGCACCCAGAUGUGCGCUGGUCACGAGAAAGGGGGACGUGAUUCUUGUUGGGCUGAUAGUGGUGGUCCACUCAUGAUGAAGAGCGAUAAUGGCAGGACCAUGGUGAUUGGAGUAGUGUCCACGGGUAGCGGGUGUGCCAGAGCUAGAAUGCCUGGUAUAUACACUAGGAUAUCUAGAUACACAGAAUGGAUUCAAGCUAGUGUCAGUGACGAUUCUGCAAGAUCUUUAAGGUGGUUAUUUAAAAGGUAGCUUGGGGUAGUUUUAUCUUCUAUGUUUUU